AGGUAUUUCGUUCCAUACUGAAUUCGGUCACACUGCUUGCGUUCAAUUCAGUGUAAUUUUAGUGUUUGUGUCGCAUUGAUUGGUUUUGGGAAAUAAGCAGACAAAAUGGGCAACAAAUCAUCUCUUUUCCUGCGACACGAGGAAAUUGCACAAAUACAAAAUGAAACGGGAUUUACUCCCAAUCAAAUUGAGCGUCUUUAUUCGCGCUUCACCUCGCUGGAUCGCAACGAUUGUGGCACCCUGUCGCGCGAAGAUCUGAUGCGCAUCCCGGAGCUGGCCAUCAAUCCGCUGUGCGAGCGCAUUGUGCACUCCUUCUUUGUGGAGAGCACCGAUGAUCGGGUGAACUUCCGCCAAUUCAUGAAUGUGCUGGCCCAUUUCCGUCCGUUGCGGGACAAUAAGCAGAGCAAACUGAAUAGUCGCGAGGAUAAGCUGAAGUUCGCCUUCCAGAUGUACGAUCUGGACGAUGAUGGCGUCAUUAGUCGCGACGAGCUGCUCUCCAUUCUGCACAUGAUGGUCGGUGCGAACAUCAGUCAAGAUCAGUUGACCAGCAUUGCGGAGCGUACGAUUCUGGAGGCAGAUCUGUGCUGCCAGGGCAAGAUCUCGUUCGAGGACUUCUGCAAGGCGCUAGAACGCACCGAUGUCGAUCAGAAGAUGUCCAUACGGUUUCUCAAUUAACGGAGACCCGAUGAGGAGAGACAAUGUUUUAGUCACUGUGAACCAAAUAGUUUAGUCAAAUUAAAUACGAAGUCCGAGGCAUUAAAUUGUAUUAGUAAUUUAUGAACUAUUUAGAUAUGUAUGCAGAUAUUAAUUGUUGAUCGCUUGUACGCUACUUUUUUCUUUCCAAUUGUAUUGAUUUAAUGGAAUUUGCCACUUGCAUUCCGCUCUAACUCUGCAUUUUAUCAAUGGCCAGUUACAUACUUAUUUUUACAUAAUCAAUAUCAAUUUAAUUGUUUUCUAUUAGUUGCUUGGAAUAAAGACCAUCAUGUAAAUAUAA